AUGGCGCUACCCGCUGUCACUCGUGUGUUCUUUGCUAAUAGGAAUCAAAUAACACAAUGUAUGUCAGAGGGCUCCCGCAACCUGUCUUUAGGUGUUCGAGUUCAUGCGAGGACACAAUCAUUGCAAUGUCUGAAAAUGGCGAGUUCUCAAUCGAAUGCUGUACAUGCUACUGUGCACCGAAGGUCACAGCUAUUACGGCAGCUGCGAAAGCAAUGGGGAUGAAAACAGCCGUGCUACUAGUAACUGGACGUAUGCAAUGUGGAGUGGAAUUGGUAAGUAAUUGUCAUGUUAGAUAUGUUAAAAUAAUCUUCCCUAGUGGGUGUCAUUGUCAGUACAUGAAAUUGCUACCAAGAGACUAUCAUCGAUAAUGUUUUACAUUGAUGUAUGUGCAUGUGAUUUGGAAUAAUUGUGAGUACUUCAACAUGUCAUUACAAGAACGUGGUUAACGUUCAUAACAGGUCAUUUGAGUCAUUGAGUGACCUAAAUGUUCUGUGAUAUACAUUCCCCCCUCUCAUUCGUAGCGUUCUCUCUCUUCAGCAAAGCUGAGGAGGACACCAGAACUGAGGCCCAGAAGAAAGAAGAUGAGAUUAUUUUACUUUUGAAGAGAGCCAAGGUAGCUAAUUGUCAUUGAUGCUGGCAACUCCUCAGUACAGUUUCUACCUAGAAUCUUAAUCUAAACAAGAGAAGGACAGUACCAUGCAACUGUAUUUGCCAUGAGAUGAUAUGCAAUGUUGUGAAUCUAAGUGUCAUGUCAUAUCAAUUUAACAGCAUUUUAAUUGUAUCAAUUCAGACCCAACUGUUUGACAUAUCUGUCCUAGACAUUAUGUUUUGACUAAGUGUCAUAUGUCUUUACAUUUUGAUGUCUGAGUAACAUUGGUGUGUGUUGUUAAAGCUCAGUAUGAUGCGGGGGCAGUUGCAUGGAGCCAAUGGAUUCCUCCACCAGGCCAUCGCACUGGCCCACCAGACUCACAAUACACAAGCUAUCAUCUACACCUACAGUUUGGUAAAAGCCUUGACUUUUUAACAGGAGGUUUUUAACUUGUUGAAAUGUGCUUCAAACCCAGUGUUAUUAGCCUACACAGUGAACUUGUGGGAACAAGUGAUUGACUGGACUUAUUUGACAUGUGAUUGGUCAUGUCUUUUGCUGUGCAUUACAGAGAGAAUUUAAGUAUCGCAGCCUCUUGCAAUAGUGAUAUUGAACACACAUCGAUCCAUGUUGCGAUAACGAUAGUUUUGAGAUAUCAUUCUAUACACUUUGAUGGAGUAAGGUUUAAUGUGCUCACUCAGGAAUUUUUGUAAGCAUUUUGAAUGUAAUGCCACAGUUGGCAUAGAAACUCAUACGUACAUCAUUAUUGUUGUUUUAUUUUCCCCGGUCUCUACAGAUGGCGAACCUUGCCUAUGUCCAAGGUCAGCUGGAUAAUGUGAGUAACAGCAGAGGUCUCCACUUUCUCCACUCUUUCUCCACUCUUCAGUGAACCCCCCCCCCACCUGCUGGCCCACUUUUGGGAUUUAUUUUUAAUGGUACACUCAGCAAUAUGACAAUGUCACUCACUGCGGGGUGGCUUCCUGCUUAUCGAAAUCCAGAACAUGAACAAAGUUCAAAUCUGCAGGGAGGACUGCCACUAUUGGCGCUUCCUAAUGUGUGUAUUCUUCAAAGGAGAAGAACCAAUAGGGGAAGUAUGGUCAUUUUUAAAUCCCAUUUUUGUUGAUGUCUGUAAGCUGGAGGUGAAGAUGAUGUCAUAUUGCGGAGUCUACCUUUUGAAACCAUUCAGUUGUACUAAGCUCAUGAGGCAUUCAUAAGUAUAUUCUUCAAGAAUCAGUGGUACAUCAUUCAUUGAAAUGACCAUUGAGCAGAGGUUAAUUUGAUAGAUUGUACCUUUUUAAUGUUUUGAGCUGUUUUGCCGACAUCCAGUGACCCCUGUGCUCUUCUCCCCCAGGCAGAGAAACUGUUCAAAGCAUCCAUGAGUUUCAUGUUGUCCGGAGGAACAUCACAGGUGAGGGUUGGUCGUGUGUCUAAGUAAGAAGUUAAUAGCGUGGUAAAUAUAUUAAAAUGUACGCACGCAUUACUGUAAGUCGCUUUGGAUAAAAGCGUCUGUUACAUAGCAUAGAUUAUUUUUAUUAAUAGUAGAGGAAUAUAAUUGUUGUGACGUGCCUAUUGUAGCAGCUUUCUGAUUUUGAAAUGAACAGGACAAUCUGUAAUUUGACCAUCCAUCUGACGAAAGAAGGACUGUCUGGAAUAAAUAGUCUUGGGCUCAGCUCCGUCUAUUCCAAAACCAUUGGCAGUGAAUUGUUGUGGUGCGUCGUUGUCCAGACACUCAAUGCUAUAGUGCUACUUCAGUCUUUUUCUCUCUCUCCGGUUCAAAGGAUGACAAUGGGGUUAUUGAGAUGUCCCUGAAGCUCGCUACCAUAUAUGCCGGCCAGAAUAAGUAAGUGGACUUCUUCAAAAGUGGAUGUCUUCAUGUGGGUUUCAAUGGACGUUGGCGCAAUUGAAUCAGCUUCAAGGUUUAAAGCAACCAAAUUAGUUCUAGUGGUCUUUACCUCUUAAAUAAUGGACAUCAUUUAAAGUAGGAGACACCGUUGCAUCAAAUUCCCUUUGAUGCAUCAUUUAAUAAAAUGCAGAUACGUUUCUGAUAGGAGCCAGCCAGCUUAGUUGAUGAAGAGUAUUCAGCAUACACCAUUUAAAGAGGAUCUCUAGCCAAACCCAAGGUUUUCAGUUGAGAAUGUUUUUUUUUUCCUGCAUUUGGUUGUAGUCCUGUAUUAUAGGACUACAUUUCCCAAACCACCCUCAGGUUGUUAUUAUUAUUAUUAUUAUUAUUAUUACAUACCAUUUACAAACUCUAACCUUUUUUUCUUUCUUCUCAGGAAUGACUUGGCAGAGACUGGUUUCAAGUUUUGCAUUGAAUCCCUUGAAGCCAAGUUGGAGAAAUUCAAGGAACUUCCUGCUGAGGAGCAAUCAGGUAUCUAACGACCAAACCUUCAAAUAGUUAUAGCUGUAAUAGCAUAAGAUUGUGUGUGUGAUUCUGGAUGACAAAAUCAUUAUGUUGUCAUCCAGAGUCACAUUUAUUUAUUUUCCAAGCUAUAUCACAAUAUAUUACAUACAGCAGGUUUGUAAAGGACCAAAGAGUUUGGUCUGCUUAGUGUUUUAAAUUUUUGCCAUUGAAAAAAUAUCACAGCCCUAAUCAGGAUCCUCCUCUAUAUCCUAUCCAACACUGCUUGUGUGUGUGUGUGUGUGUGUAGGGCACAAUGCUGUCUACUAAAAAUGCAUAUCACUUGACUCAAAUUUGCCUGCAACUCACAUCUUUAAUGCUAAGAAAAAUGUAUUUUUAUUUAUAAGAUGCAGAAAGAAAUGAAGGUACAAUCUAUACCUUUAUUAUUUAUUCGCCACAGUAAUUAAUUGUAACAAAUUUGAAAUGCAAGCUUCAUAAGCAAAUUAUCAAUUUCAAGCAAUUUUGACAUGCCAAAAAAGGCCUAAGCUAGUAAUUGUUGAUUGACAUAUUGCUGUUCCAAUCAGAGGGCAGAGUGUGCCUUUCACAAGCCAGUUGGUUGCAUGUUUUCUUUUGCAAGGCCGAUGCUGCAGCUACUGUUUCUUGCUGUGUGGAGAGUAAUCCACGGAGACUCUGUGCCACAAAUUUCAAGUCAUCAGAUAAUUUCAAGUCAUCAGUCUUAAAUCAAAGUCGAGUCUUGAGGCUCCAAGUCAAUUCUCAAGUUUUAUUUUAUUUUCUAUCAAGUCUCAAGUCACUCGAGUCCCAAGUCAUGUGACUUGAGUCCACAACUCUGGUACGUUCUAAUCGUCACUGUAGGAACAACAUCUUCUAUGCACUUCCUGGUGAACCAACCCAGAGACAGUCAGUAUAUUCCUCAAUGUCAUUCCUAGAGGCGGCUCGGAACAUAUCUCAGUCCGCGUGAUCACAACAGUCCUGUAAUAUGGAUUACGAUUGGUCAGACCAGCGUUGAACAGACCUUAACAUGGGUGCUUCCUGUUUUAAUUUAUGCCUAUAGGCAGGGAAGAGCCGAAUGGAGGCUGAUUUGCCAAAGGGGUGACGAAGGAGGGCUUUCCAUCCAUCUCAGUAUAAAGAAUAACACUGAUCCCAAUGUAUUAUUCCCGCGAGUGAGGCAAGAGAUGUGUUGGUGGAAUUUUCCUUAUAUUUCCUUUGUUAAAGUCCACAAUGGAUGCGGCCUUGAGUAUAUGCUGUUUCCAAUUUGUUCAAAGUCCUGUGUAAUUCUUCAAGUGCCAGCGCGGUGCCUGCUUGUGGGGGGGGAUGUACACAGCCGUGAUACAAACAGCUGUAAAUUCUCUCGGGAGAUAAUGGGGUCGGCAUUUGAUCGUGAGCUAUUCUCGGUCAGGAGAACAAACUCUUAAGGCUUUGUACAUUCCUAAAAUCACACCAUGAGUUGUUGAUCAUAACACAUCCUCUUCCGCCAUUGUUUUUCCCCGCAAAGCUCUUUUACCUUGUCCGCGUGAUGUACGGAGAACCCCGUAGGCUGUAUAGCCGGAUCAAGCUCCUCCCCCGAUAACCAAGUCUCUGAGACAGAUUACAUUUAGUGUCUUGUAAAUCUGGUAGGAAAUCAGCGCUCUGAGCUCACAAAGUUUAUUGUCCAGGUAAUAUAGUAGAAAGGGGAGGGUGGUUUAAUCAGACUAGAACUCCAGCUCGCCUUCCCCUCUGGCGGCAUCUUUUUGGAAAAGGGCUCCUGUAAUCAAUGGAACUGCUUUGGGUAGUCUAGACAAGAGUAUCCCCCGCCGGUAAGACUAAUUUGUGGUGAGUAAUCUCGAUCUGAUGUUCAGAAGUGCUCGUCGGUGAUAGGAAAUAAUACUAUAAAGUUUUAAAAAAAAUCACUAAAAGUAAUCAAAAGACUGCAAAGUUGUCAGGGAGCUAGCAACAGGGCGACCAUCGUCGGCGCCUUCUUGUUGUAAAAGCCAGUCCAUUGUACUGUUCAGUAAACAACAGACUGUCAGUUCAUUGUAAAGUGUAGACCUCCAUCUUCUCUAGCUGUGUUGGGCCCUAUGGUGUCUUCUCUCUAGUCUAGACUGUGUCUGCGCUGUCCUUCUGCUCCUUUUUUUUUUGUGUAAAUGUUGUCCAAUCACAGUAUUUAAACCCCCAAAAUAUUGUCCAUCGGUAAUCCGUGACCGCACAAUAAGCACAUCACUGCUUCCUGUCAACUGAAUUUCUCAACCCAAGUCUCAAGCAGACUGAAGUAGUUUUUCCUCUAGGACUUUCCAUGCGCUUUGCUCAGUCCCUUUUUUUUUUAACUUUUCAUUCUUAAUCCUUCCUAAACGAGUCCCCACCAAUGACGGGCAUUACCAUUUGCACAAUGCAGCCACAACCAUGCUUGAAAUGAUUGAGGGUGUGGCCUGGCUGGUCUAGUGGUCCUGUCCCGGGCACACAUUAUGUACCGCGUUGGUACAGGCUGGAAUCCGGCCUACUACCCUGUGACAUAGAAAGGGGAUAUCUUUCCUCUCGCACACUCUGGUCAAUCAAAUAUGAAAAUGUAAAUAAAGAGGGCGACGUUAUCUUCUGAAAAAUUGUGUAACCUUGCUUUAGUAUUGUGUGCAUUCAACUUGUAUGACCUUUUUGAUAUUGAGCUUGCUCGCUGACAGCAUCCAUGCUCAUGUUUCUCUCUCUCUCUUCAGAGGAGUUGCGGAAGGAGACCCGGCUCCUGCUGGGCCUGACCCUGGACUCCCACGCCCGCUACAUGGCCGCCACACACUGCCUGAGCCAGGCGGUGCUGGACUACAAGCGAGCUCUGCUGAUCUGCCAGGAAGAGCAAGGAGAGACCCACCCCCAGGUACAGGGAGAGACCCACCCCCAGGUACAGGGAGAGACCCACCCCCAGGUACAGGGAGAGACCCACCCCCAGGUACAGGGAGAGACCCACCCCCAGGUACAGGGAGAGACUCACCCCCAGGUACAGGGAGAGACCCACCCCCAGGUACCAGUUGUCAAAUGUUUAGUCAUUCUAGUCAACGCUGCCUGAAGAAGACUGAUGUAGUCGAAAUGAUUUGCAGUUAUGCAUCCUGAUGUUUUGUAACCUGUAGGGGGCAGUUAUGCGUCCUGAUGUUUUGGAAACUAACUUCAUCUGCUCCUACUUUAAUGUAUAUAUUUUUUUAUAUAUUAACUGGAAAUUGUUUUCUGCUGUCCUGUCUACAGUCCUUGGUGCUGCUGAGUGACCUGGCCACCAUCCUGGACCUGCAGGGUCGCCACGACGAGGCUCUGCCCUUGGUGAAGCAGGCUGUGGAGCUGAGCAGAGAAGCCGGCCACCAUGACCAGCACGUGCUGCUGGGAAACAUGGCAGGCGUCCUACUGCACAAUGGUAAGGAGGGGUGAAGAUGAGGACAACCUCUAGGAGGGCCUUGGUUUCCUCUUUCCUCAACACAAGCCAGUUUUCAGUAUCACAACAUGAGCUUUUAUUGUGAAUUCUCUAAAUGUAAUGUAGCUCAGUUGGUAGAGCAUGGCUCUUGCAACAUCAGGAUAGUGGGUUUGAUUCCUGGAACCACCCAUGAGUACAAAAAAAAAAAAAUGGUUGCACGCAUACAGCGCAACAAAAAAACGUUGUUGGGUUACGAUGAUCGCCGGUCAUGGUGAAAAAAAGUAACGCUCCCUAUAGGCAUACUUUCAAUGUAUUUUUCCAUAAAAGGUGGGUGAACUGUUGAAAAAAAAAAAAAAGAAGUGGGUAAACUGUGUUUACUUGCGUUUACCCUCCGUUACACCACUGCAUGCAUGACUAAGUCUCUUUGGAUGAAUGUGUCUGCUAAAUGGCAUAUAUUAUAUCUCUAUGCAUGUUAUCCCUCUGACACAGGUCAUUUUGACGAGUCGAUGCAGCUGCAUAAGUAACUGUACAGAUAUCAACACGAAUGAAUAACAUUUAGUUCAAGGGGGUACAGUGAAUACUUUUUACGACUGUUGAUAUCAGAGAACAUGUCUGUAGUGUUCACUAGGGCGUGCAACAGAAAACGCUUCGAAGCGUUUUUUGCAUUUCAGGUAGUCCCACCUGUUUUUCUUCCGUUUCGUGCCAAAUGAACACAAUCGUUGUCUCUUGUGGGUUUUCCUCCUUGUCCAGAUCUGUUUGAGGAGUCUGUGAAGCUGUACAAGGAGGCUCUGGCCCUGGCCCAGUCUGCAGGAGAUGAAGAAGCAGUGGAGCAGAUCCAGGAGGGGCUGAAAGAGGUGGGCAACAGGAGGAAAGCACAGAAGGCGGAAGCCGAAGCAGCCAAGAAUAAGACCGACUGA